AUGCUCAUCAGGAGGUUGCACAUGUCAUGCAAGGCACUAUUCAACAUUCAGCACCAGAACUUGAUCCAGGAGCGAAAGACUGUAUUAUCCAUCGGAAUUUUCAUCUCUACAGAGACGGGUCGGUAG